AUGGGCUCACCAGGCUCCGACUCGGACGAAGCAAUCACCAAGGAUGAAAUCCAGGGUGUUGAACCCCCACAAGCCAAGGGCAGCCGAAGCAAAAAUGCAUUUACAGAGCUCAUGAGACCCAAGCCCAAGGCUCCUCCUACACAGGACUCCAGUCCCUCCAGCUUUUCCAGAGGCGGCCACCCCUUUAAGGACCGCAUGGGCCUGGGCGCCUACCUGGCCGACCCGUCGUCCUUCCCAUCAUCGCGGGUCAUCUACCACACCCCGGACUUUGUCGUCAUCAACGACCUCUUCCCCAAGUCCACCAUCCACACCCUCCUGCUUCCGCGCUCCCCAAAACACAACCUAAUGCACCCGUUCGACGCUCUCGAGGACGCCGACUUCAGGGCCAAGGUCGUCGCCGAGACGGACAAGCUCAAGGCCCUCGUGGCCAGCGAGCUGCGCCGCCGCCUCGGCCACAACAGCAGGGCGGACGCGGCGAGGCAGGCGGUCCUAGACGGCGACGACUUGACGUCAGGCGUGGAGCUCGACCCGGCCGACGGGCUGCCCCGCGGCCGCGACUGGUCGAGGGAGGUCAUCGUCGGCGUCCACGCCAAGCCGAGCAUGUCCCACCUGCACGUCCACGUCCUGUCGCGCGACAUGCACUCGCCCAAGGUCAAGCACCGCAAGCACUACAACUCCUUCAACACGCCCUUCCUCGUCGACGUGGCCGACUUCCCGCUGGGGCUGGACGAUCCGAGGAGGCAGACCAAGGAAGCCGGGUAUCUGCACAGGGACCUGCGGUGCUGGAGGUGUGGGCGGAAUUUUGGGAACCGCUUCAAGCAGCUCAAGGACCAUCUGGAAGAGGAGUUUGAGGAAUGGAGUCGGGAAUAG